AUGCAGCGCUGCACCAUAGAAUUUUCUAUCUUAUUGAAGCCUGCAUUCGAUCUAAAUCUCUCGCCGAAGCCAAGAUAUUCCACCUACAUCCAGGGCAGGUCUCUUCUUCUCCGUAAACUAGCCCGUCUCUACUUAUCCGGUAAUAAACUCGAGGUUGCACGCCGAGUGUUCGACGAAAUUCCCCACCCGAAUGUCAUACUCUGCAACCUCUUCAUACGAGCAUAUGCAUGGAACGGACCCUUUGAACGAGCCAUUGAGCUCUACUAUGCCAUCCUCCAAUUGGGUGUUGAGCCAACCAACUACACAUUUCCUUUUGUUCUCAAGGCAUGCUCCGCUUUGCAAUCACUACAAGUUGGUAGAGAUAUUCAUCAACAUGCUAAACGACUCGGCCUCCACUCUGACGUCUAUGUUUCCACUGCUCUGAUUGAUUUGUAUGCAAAAUGUGGAGACGUGGUAGCUGCACAGUCUGUGUUUGAUGCUAUGUUGUAUAAGGAUGUUGUGGCGUGGAAUGCCAUGCUUGCCGGAUUUUCGCUCCAUGGACUGUAUGAUGGCACUGUCAGGUUGCUUGUUGGAAUGCAGAGAGUUGGAAUGUUGCCGAAUGCUUCUACCAUUGUUGCAGUUCUCCCCACAGUUGCGCAGGCUGGUGUGUUGAGCCAAGGGAAGGCAAUACAUGGUUACUCCCUAACGAGAAGGUUUUGUGAUGAUGUGGUACUUGGUACUGCCGUCCUGGAUAUGUAUGCUAAAUGCCAGUGCAUAGUUUACGCGAGGAGAAUCUUUGAUGCAAUGAGUGUCAGGAAUGAGGUUUGUUGGAGUGCAAUGAUAGGUGCAUAUGUUGGCUGUGAUUGCAUGAGGGAGGCAAUGUCAUUGGUUUAUGAAAUGGUGGUGAAAGAUAUAAGCAAACUGACACGAGUUACACUAGGGACCGUUCUCCGAGCUUGCACAAAGCUGAUUGAUCUGAGUAGAGGGAGACGAGUCCACUGUUAUGCUAUUAAAGCCGGUUUUGAUUUAAAUACAAUGGUGGGUAACACCAUCCUUUCUAUGUAUGCAAAGUGUGGGAUUAUAGAUGAUGCAUUCAGGUUCUUUGAUCUAAUGGAUCCAAAAGAUACGGUUUCUAUUGGUGCUAUCAUCUCGGGCUACGUGCAGAAUGGUUAUGCUAAGGAAGCUUUGCUUAUAUUCCACCAGAUGCAGUUGUCUGGGAUUGAUCCAGAUUUGGCAACCAUGGCAGGUGUUCUGCCGGCUUGUUCACAUUUGGCUGCUCUGCAACAUGGGGCCUGUGGCCAUGGUUACUCAAUUGUUCGUGGCUUUGUUACUGACACCUCAAUCUGUAAUGCCUUGAUAGAUAUGUACUCGAAAUGUGGGAAGAUCCAUAUUGGCAGGCAAGUAUUCGACAAAAUGCUAAAGCGGGACACUGUCUCAUGGAAUUCAAUGAUAGUUGGUUAUGGGAUUCAUGGCCUUGGGAUGGAAGCAAUUUCGCAGUUCCACAAUAUGCAGGAAGCUGGAAUGAAACCUGAUGAUGUGACUUUCAUCGGCCUCUUAUCUGCUUGCAGCCAUUUGGGGCUUGUCACCGAAGGAAAACACUGGUUUAGUGCUAUGACUCUAGAUUUCAGCAUAAUACCAAGGAUGGAACACUACAUAUGCAUGGUUGAUCUUCUUGCCCGAACUGGACUGGUGGCAGAGGCACACAAUUUUAUUCAAGACAUGCCAUUUGAGGCUGAUGUCCGAGUAUGGAGUGCACUGCUUGCUGCAUGUAGGGUUCACAAUAAUAUCGAACUUGGUGAAAAAGUGUCUAGGAAAGUUCAAGGGCUAGGAUCUGAAGGUACUGGAAAUCUGGUCAUCUUAUCUAAUAUGUACAGUUCUGUUGGCAGAUGGGAUGAUGCAGCGCAUGUCAGAAUUAAACAGAAGGAUCAAGGCCUUAAGAAAAGUCCAGGAUGUAGUUGGGUUGAGAUUAAUGGGGUGAUUCAUGGAUUUCUUGGUGGAGAUCAGUCCCAUCCUGAAGCGGCUGAGAUACAUGAAAAAUUGGAGGAACUACUAGUAGACAUGAAAGGAAUGGGAUAUUGUGCAGAAAAGAGUUUUGUUCUCCAAGAUGUUGAGGAAGAGGAGAAAGAAGGGAUCCUCCUUUAUCAUAGUGAGAAAUUGGCCAUUGCUUAUGGUAUUCUGUUGAAAAUAUAA